GUGCUACUCAGAAUGUGAAGUCUGCAUGCUAUUUCCUGCCUUACUGGUGUAGUCAGCUGAUUACACAAGUAGGGAAGUUGGAAACGGGUCUAUUUUAUUUAUUUGGAGACGAAAAUGCAGCUUUUGCAUUUCAGUAAAGAGGCAUUGCCAGAUUCUGUCAGCACUGACAUACAGAAUCUAAACAAACUCAGUGAAGAGCAGUAUGUAAGCCUGACAGAUAUUCUCUUCCGCUUCUUAACAGAACCCAAGGAGACUGACAGGUUUUUGAGCCAGCUUAAUGAGUUUGCCUCGGAGAAUGGGAUGAGUCCAGGGCCCCUCAAAAACCUGGUGAAAAGUGUCCUUCUGGUCCCCAAUGGUGCUCUGAAAAGAAAUUUGACAGCUGAGCAAGUAAAGGCAGAUCUCAUUACCCUAGGACUAAACGAGGACAAGGCUAGUCACUUUGCAGACCAGUGGAAGGUCCGUUACCCUGCACUCUCCAGACUGGCAGUGGAGCAGACGCUCAUGGUUAACCAGCUUGUGGACAUGGAGUGGAAAUUUGGAGUAACUGCAGGAAGCAGUGAACUACAUAAAGUGGGAAGCAUCUUCUUACAACUCAAGCUGGUUGUGAGAAAGGGAAACGCCACCGAGAAUAUCUUUAUGGAGUUGACAUUGCCACAGUUCUACAGCUUCCUUCAUGAGAUGGAGCGAGCCAAAGCCAGUCUGGACUGUUUUAGUUAAUCGCUCUCACCGAAGACACAGUAUUACAGCUCUGGAGUAAAGAGAAAAAAAAAGUCAGUGCCUGGGGAGAACUACAUUUCCCAGAAGUCCUAGAAUAGACCAGCUGAAAGGAAGACGUUAUUUUCCAUCUGUACAUUCUGUGUGUUUUAACAAGUUCAUUAUUUGAAAAACAUAUCAACAUAAUUUCUUGUACCAUAUACCUUGUAGCAUUUAUUAAUGAGAGACUUUUUUUUAUGUUUGAUUGACAUUCCUCUCGCUGAUAUUUUUGUAAAUAAAAUUUGUGAUGCAUUAGAA